UUAGCCCACGCAGCGCCAAAGCCUCGUAUAUAACCCCUGUACCUUACAACGAGUUCAUCCAUUUCCCGUCUUUUCAACUUGAGGAAAAGAUCCCUUCACUCCAGAUUUCUCACAAAGCAAUGGCCUCGAUGAUGGAAAAGAUUAGCGACAAGCUCCACAUGGGUCACAAGAAGGAUCAAGUCGCGCACAACACCGCUCCGAGUCAUGCUACUCCAGUCCAGUCCUCCACUCCUCCAUCACACAACACCGCCCCGGGUUCUUAUGGCACUCCCCAGCCCGGAAUGGCUACCACAACAACGAGCACCACUACUACACAGCCCCAGAAAGAGGGUCUCAUGGACAAGAUAAAGAAGAAGAAGAACCAGCACAAGGAGAAAAAGAAGGCAGGGGGAGGCAGCAGCAGCAGCAGCAGUGAUUCUGAUUGAGAGAUCAAUAUAAUUUGAUCGAUCCUACAUAGCUUUCGGCUUGCUUGAUCUGAUCGAGAGAUCAAUAAAUUUGUAAAUUGUUAUGAUUGCAUGGAUGGUUUCUUAGCUCGAAGCUUU